AUGGCUUCACAACAGUCCACGGAAAGCCUGCCAGACUCAGGUCACGAGAAUGGAUCAACAUCCAACCACUCGAGCCAUGAUCCCCAAUACUCCACUGGCAGCACCUACGGCCGGCCCUCAAACAUCUCGCGAGCCAACACAAUGAUAAUGGAUGAGCAAGAUCGUCUUGAACUUCACAGACUUGCUACCGGAAUUUCACAGCAACGCAGACAAAGCACAUCUAGUUUUGCGCCGACAGUGCCAGAGAUCGAAGAACAAGACCCUGCACUGGAUCCGACAAACAAAGCUUUUGACCUUUCAAAAUGGUUGCCAUCCUUUAUGCACCGAUUGCAAGAAGCCGGCGUAGGACCAAAGAGUGCCGGAGUCGCUUUUAAAGACCUCAGUGUUUCCGGCACUGGAGCGGCUUUGCAGCUACAAAAGACUCUUGGUGAUGUGUUAUUGGGGCCAUUGCGUAUUGUACAGCAUCUCAAAUCAGGCAAGAAGGAGCCAAAAACGAUACUUCACCGAUUUGAUGGCCUUCUCCAGGGAGGGGAGACUCUCAUAGUCCUUGGUCGCCCAGGUUCCGGAUGUUCGACACUGCUCAAGACCAUGACCGGAGAGCUUGAAGGCCUCAGCGUCGGUCAGCAGUCCAUCAUUACAUACAAUGGAAUAUCCCAAAAAGACAUGAUCAAAGAAUUCAAGGGCGAAACAGAGUACAACCAAGAGGUUGACAAACAUUUCCCACAUCUGACCGUCGGCCAAACGCUCGAAUUCGCAGCGGCAUGUCGCAUGCCCUCCAACUCCAAGACAAUUAUUGGGUUGACUCGCGACGAAGCUUGCAAGAGUGCCACCAAGAUUGUCAUGGCGGUCUGUGGCUUGACUCACACAUAUAAUACAAUGGUCGGUAACGAUUUCAUUCGUGGUGUCUCGGGAGGAGAACGGAAACGUGUCAGUAUCGCCGAAAUGAUGCUGGCGCAAUCUCCCAUGGCUGCUUGGGAUAAUAGCACUCGAGGCUUGGACUCGGCGACUGCCUUGAAGUUCGCCGUAGCCAUUCGUUUGGCGUCCGACUACACUGGAUCUGCAAACGCCCUGGCCAUCUACCAAGCCAGUCAAGCCAUUUACGACCUGUUCGACAAGGCCGUGGUCCUCUACGAGGGUCGACAAAUUUAUUUCGGACCAGCGAAAAAGGCAAAGGUCUACUUCGAGAAGAUGGGCUGGCAGUGCCCUCAACGUCAGACCGUAGGCGACUUUCUGACCUCUGCCACCAAUCCCCAAGAGAGAAAGGCCCGACCAGGAAUGGAGAAGAUUGUGCCCCGUACCGCGGAAGAGUUCGAGAGGUAUUGGCACAACUCACCAGAAUACAAGACAUUGCGAGAGGAGAUUGAGCAGUAUCAGGGCAAGUAUCAAGUUAAUGACCGAUCCGCGGCCAUGGCUCCGAUGCGAGAGCGCAAGAACCUCAUUCAAGAGAAACGCGUCCCACGCAAGUCCCCAUACAUCAUCAACCUCUCAACGCAGAUUCGCCUAACCACCAAACGAGCUUACCAACGAAUCUGGAACGAUAUCGCCGCAACCGCUACACAUACUACAACGCAAAUCAUCAUGGCCCUUAUCAUUGGUUCCGUAUACUAUGGCACAGACGAUGAUACCGCCAGCUUCUACUCCAAGGGAGCUGUGCUCUUCAUGGGUAUCCUGAUCAACGGCUUUGCAGCUAUUUCCGAGAUCAACAAUCUGUACUCGCAACGCCCUAUCGUCGAGAAGCAUGCAUCUUACGCCUUCUAUCAUCCUGCAGCUGAGGCCAUCUCCGGUAUCGUGGCUGAUAUACCCAUCAAGUUUGUUUCCGCAACGGUCUUCAAUAUCAUCCUUUACUUCCUCUCGGGGCUCCGUCGAGAGCCUGGUCCAUUUUUUCUUUACUUCCUCAUCUCAUUCAUCUCCACAUUUGUCAUGUCAGCCAUUUUCCGUACCUUGGCUGCUAUUACCAAGACGGUUUCACAAGCCAUGACGUUGGCAGGUAUCAUGAUUCUGGCUCUUGUGAUUUACACAGGUUUCAUGAUUCACGUACCACAAAUGAUUGACUGGUUUGGCUGGAUCAGAUGGAUCAACCCUAUUUACUACGCCUUCGAGAUCCUGGUAUCCAACGAGUUCCAUGGCAGAGACUUCGAGUGUUCAUCCUUCAUUCCUGCCUAUCCUCAACUGAUCGGAGAUUCAUGGAUCUGUUCAACAGUUGGGGCUGUGGCCGGCCAACGAACAGUCAGUGGUGAUAACUUCAUCGAAACGAACUACGAAUACUAUUACUCUCAUGUCUGGCGCAACUUUGGCAUCCUUCUGGCUUUCCUUGUCUUCUUCAUGGUCCUGUACUUUACAGCCACUGAGAUCAACUCAAAGACAUCCAGCAAGGCUGAAGUACUCGUCUUCCAGCGUGGUCACGUUCCCGCUCACCUACAAUCUGGAGCGGAUAGAAGUGCGAUGAACGAGGAGCUUGCUGUGCCCGAGAAGAAUGCGCAAGGAACUGACACCACUACCGCUCUUGAGCCUCAAACCGACAUUUUUACUUGGAAGGAUGUCGUGUAUGACAUUGACAUCAAGGGAGAGCCGCGUCGACUUCUAGAUCAUGUCACUGGUUGGGUCAAGCCCGGUACUCUUACAGCUCUGAUGGGUGUCAGUGGCGCUGGCAAGACGACCCUUCUCGAUGUUCUAGCACGGAGAACCAGUAUGGGCGUUAUUACAGGAGACAUGUUUGUCAAUGGCAAGCCACUGGACGCAAGUUUCCAGAGGAAAACAGGUUACGUUCAACAACAAGAUCUUCAUCUCGAGACCUCAACUGUUCGUGAAAGUCUACGAUUCAGCGCUAUGCUUCGCCAGCCAAGUAAUGUUAGCACUGAGGAGAAGCAAGAAUGGGUUGAGAAAGUUAUCGACAUGCUCAACAUGAGGGACUUUGCCAGCGCUGUUGUGGGUGUCCCCGGUGAGGGCCUCAACGUUGAACAGCGCAAGCUUCUCACGAUCGGAGUCGAGCUAGCUGCUAAGCCAAAGCUUCUUCUUUUCCUCGAUGAGCCAACAAGUGGUUUGGACUCCCAGAGUUCUUGGGCCAUCGUUGCCUUCCUUAGAAAACUGACAGACGCUGGGCAGGCUAUUCUUUGUACUGUCCAUCAACCCAGUGCUAUCUUGUUCCAGGAGUUUGACCGACUCCUCUUCCUUGCACAAGGAGGCAGAACUGUCUACUUUGGCGAUGUUGGUAGAAACUCACGUACUCUUCUGGACUACUUUGAGAGACAGGGAGCACGAAUCUGUGGCGAUGAUGAAAACCCAGCUGAAUGGAUGCUUGAGAUAGUCAAUAACGCUAAAAGCUCUAAGGGAGAGGACUGGCAUACUGCUUGGAAGGCAAGCCAGGAGCGAGUGGAUGUUGAGGCUGAAAUCGACAGGAUCCAUUCAACAAUGUCAUCGAAGGCAGUCGCGGAUGAUGAUGCCAGUCAAUCUGAAUUCGCAAUGCCUUUCAUGGCUCAACUUCGCGAAGUCACCUUCAGAGUCUUCCAACAGUACUGGAGGAUGCCAAACUACAUCAUGGCGAAGAUGGUCCUCUGCACAAUCUCUGGUCUCUUUAUCGGCUUCUCAUUCUUCAACGCCAACUCUACCUUUGCCGGCAUGCAGAACAUCUUGUUCUCUGUCUUUAUGAUUGUCACUGUCUUCACUGCUGUGGUUCAACAAAUUCACCCGCAUUUCAUCACUCAGCGUGAACUAUACGAAGUCCGAGAGCGCCCCAGCAAAGCAUACUCUUGGAAGGCCUUUAUGAUCGCCAACGUUGUUGUUGAGGUUCCUUACCAGAUUGUCACUGGAAUUCUAAUGUUUGGCGCAUUUUACUACCCCGUUAUUGGUGUGCAGGGCUCGGCCCGUCAAGGUCUCGUACUCUUGUUCAUGAUUCAGCUCAUGCUGUACGCAAGCUCGUUUGCGCAGAUGACAAUUGCCGCGCUUCCCAACGCACUUACCGCGGCUUCUAUCGGCACGCUCUUGGUUCUAAUGAGUUUGACCUUUUGUGGUGUUCUCCAACCUCCUUCCUCCCUCCCUGGUUUCUGGAUGUUUAUGUAUCGUGUUAGUCCAUUCACCUACUGGCUCGCUGGUAUUGUGUCCACAAUAUUGGCUGGCCGUGCCAUUGAGUGUUCGGAGGACGAGACGGCAACAUUUAACCCACCUUCUGGUCAGACAUGCGGCGAAUACAUGGCCGCAUACUUGGCAAAGGCACCAGGAAGGCUCCAGAACCCUGACGCUACGCAGGAAUGCCAGUACUGCUCGCUUGUCAAUGCGGAUCAGUUCUUGGCUGGAAGUAAGAUCUACUGGGGUGAGAGAUGGCGCAAUUAUGGCCUUGUCUGGGCAUAUGUUGUAUUCAACAUAUCUGUUGCUGUUUUGACUUAUUAUGUUUUCCGGGUUAAGAAGUGGAAUUUGGGUAAGAAGAAGAAGGCUUGA